AUGUCGACGGCGGCAGAGGCGGCGCCCGCCGCGGCAGAACUGCUUCGCCAGCUGCUGGGGCCCGCGGCGCCGGGGGUGGCGGGCGCGGGGGUGGGUGUGGGCGUGGGUGGCGGCGUGGCGCCGCGGCCGCGCGCGCGCCAGGAGCUUCGCACGCUGGAGCUGUGGCGCGCCGUCAUCUCCGAGUGCCUGGGCGCCUUCUUCUACGUGCUGAUCGUGAGCGGCGCCGCGGCCUCCGUGGGCUCCGGAACGGGAAUCGGAGCCUCGGCCGCCGCGCCGCUCGCCGCCACCGCCGCCGCGGGCCUCGCCGCCGCCGCGCUCACCACCUGCUUCGGACACAUCUCCGGGGCUCACCUGAAUCCAGCGGUGACGGCGGCGCUGGCGGUGGCGCGCCGGGUGACGCCGCUGCGAGCGCUGAUGUUCGCCGUGGCGCAGUGCGGGGGCGGCAUCGCCGGCGCGGCGCUGCUCUACGGCGUGACGCUGCCGCACCAGCAGGCGGCGCUGAUGGCCGUGGCCACGCUGCCCACGCACCUGUCGCCGUGGGAGCGGCUGGCGCUGGAGUUCGUGCUGGUGUUCGCCGUGGCCUUCUCGCACCAGGCGGCGUCGGAGCCGGCCAGGGCGCUGGGCUGCGGGCCCGCUGCCGCCGCGGGCGCCGUCUACGCCGCCUGCUCGCUCGUCAUGAUGCCAGCCCUUAAUCCAGCGAGAGCUUUGGGUCCAGCAUUUGUUAUGAACAAGUGGGAACAUCACUGGGUCUUCUGGCUUGGUCCUAUGCUGGGUGGUAUAGUGGCUGGCUUGGUGUAUGAAUUGGUAUUCUCCCCUCAUCGGAAUUCUCGAGCAAACAAACAAUCUCUUGAUGGAGAUUCAUCGAGUAUACAUUCAGAUGAGGAUCCUUAUGAUGAGGUAGAUAAGGCCCCUGCACCCAAGCUUAGUGCUAUGGGCUACAAUUCACUUUAUCGGCAGGGCCAUGGAACAGCAGGUGCAGGUCCCAGUUUGGCGUCCCCCUCAGGACCAGAUGGACUGUAUGCGGGUAGUGUUGCUACUGCAAGUCUGUAUUCUGCACCCACUAGUUGCAAGCUGGAGCGUGUUGAAUCACUGUAUGGAGGAAGCAAGUCUUUAUAUGCCAAAUCUCCUCCUCUGACUCGUGCCAACUUAAACCGAUCUCAGUCGGUGUAUACAAAAUCACCUCCAUGUUCAAACGGGGAAGGACUCCCAAGACCUGGACCUCUUGUUCCAGCACAGUCACUCUACCCAAUGAGGUUUGGAGGUCACACAACAACAGCUGUCAACCAGAACGUUCAGAAUGCUCAACAUCAACAACGCAACGCAGAUAGUGUGUAUGGAGUGAGGGGUGUAAGUGCCGGUGCUAGGGCUGUGGAGGGUGGAACUGUUUACUCUGGUGGUGGCCCACCACCUGCAGGGAAAAUAGCUCGGCCAGAAUCUCUUUAUGGAAGUGUUGCUAGGCGUCAGGACUCAGCCGACUCUGCUUACAGCUCCUAUUUAAGUAACACACCAGGAACACGGGCUGCAGCUUACCUCAAGUGUGGGGGUGGAGGAAGCGGUGCAGGUGGCCGCCCUGAGGCAAGGCAGUCUCCACAACAUCCACUUCUCCCUCCAGGAGCCUCAGCAAGUGUGGCAUACCGCAACCAGAGACCUUCGCCUAGCCCACAGUACUGACAUUUAGUUUAAAAACACAGCUCUACCUGAAGAAGUGAAGCUGUGGUUUUCAUUAAACUUAGUACUCUUAUUUGCAGGAUACUCACUAAGAUGAUGAACAUGAUUAAUCAUGUUACAGACAAUGCACCAAUCAAGGUGUGUCUUGCACCUUUGUGCAAUUUCUUUCCCCUAUUUCCCCCCAUGCAGUUGUGAUGGACAUUUGAUUGAAAGGAUGGGUAAUGUCUGUGAUUACUAUUGAUGGACACACUAAUAUAAUUUUCUUUUCCUCACAGUGAAGUCUAAGUGAGAGAAUGUCACAGAUGAGGAUAUGUAUGAUUGCAUUGUGUGUGAAAGUAGUUGUGUACUGACAAUCAAAGCAGUACUUUGUAUAUUUCUCAAUGUAAGUGUGCUAUUCUUACUCAAGUCACCAAAGAGGAUAUUGUUAUUCAAAAGUAUUCAAAGAUAAUAUUUUUCUACCUCAGAGAAAAUUGUUAAAAAAUGAUAAAAUUUCAAUAGAAUUUAAUCAAGAACCAAAUUAACCUGUGUAAUCUUUCCCUACAUUCAAUCCUGAAAGAAAAAGGCCUACAUUUUAUAUCAACAAAAUUUAAAUAUUUUAUUUAGUAGUUUAAAAACUGCAAUGUAAAUAUGAAUUUGUUUACAGAUACUUACAAUAUCUUAUAUUUAGUAAAUUUUGGUGCCACGAAUCAUCGACAUUUAAUAUCAUAUUCAUGGGCUUGAAACACCUAUGAGUGGAAACAAAUAAUGUGAACAAAUUCAUUAUGACAGGAUGCACAAAUGGCGUCCAUAAAUAUUUUAUAAUAUAUUAGAAAAGUUGAUUUUAUUCUAAAAAAAUUAAGACUUGAAUUGAUCUGAAAGAUGUCUUUGAGCUCACAGGCACAAAUUUUAAUGUACAUUUGCAUAUAUAUCAUAAAGAACUUGGCGCAUGUUAUUGAAGCAUGUGUAUCACUGACUUAAUAAAUAUAUUUGUAUGAAGAAUGUCAUUUGUGGAAAAAUAUUUCCAAAAUAAAAGUACAUAGUAAUUUAGGAAGACAAAUAUGAAGUAAAUUCAGAUUAAUUUAAAACAAUGUAUUUUGUAGUCACAAAUUUUUAAUACAUACAAAUCUGUUAGCAUUUUGAGAUUUCUGAUAUAAUUAUACAUCUUAUUUUCUAGAUUUUUCAGAUUUGUAGUUAACACUUUUAGAUUUGUGUUUAAAAUAAAAAAGCUCAAUUAAAUACAGGAUCAACCAAAUGAUGUAAAGAUCAGUCAUUGACAGAUGAGGUGAUGCAAGCAAACAACUUUCUUGCCUGUUUAACUAUGCUAAAGAGUGACUCUGAUUCACAGGUGAGUCAUUGCUCUUAGGAAGGAAGCAGGAAUAGCACUUCCCAGCACCAACUAGAACUGCAGCAUAUAUGUGUGGUUUUCCUUGUUUCCAGCAUUAGCGUCAUUACCACACACAACAUAGCAAUAAAAAAAUUUAAAACAAAAAACAAAUCUUAAACUUGAAGGUUCAUACAAUCAUAACAGUUUGAAUAUUUAGUGACAAAGUCAAAUUUUGUGGUUAGCAUUGAAGAAAAUAUUUUUGAAUUUUUGGGAAAAAUAUUUAAAAAAAACAUCAAGCUCAAAAUCAAAGUAAACUAUAUAUAAGUUGUCAUAACCCUUAGAAUAUGGAUGAUCAUCUUUCUGCUUACCUUCUGCCAGUUUUUGUCAAUCAACUCCCAUUACAAUAAGAAUAAUAUGUUUUUUCAUUAGCCAAAUCCAACUGAGAAAACUGCAGUCACAAAAAUCAAAUAUAAUUCCAUUUGCUGAAAUCUGUUCUAAGAGCAUUUGUCUAACAAACCAAUUUUCAAAAUAAGAAUUCUUAACAUUUACUAUAUUGACAUGUUUAUACUCAUAAUAUACUAAAUAAUACUUAAAUAUAAUAUGUUCUGACUUGACUAAAUCCAAAAUCCUAAGAGAGAUGAGAAAUGCAUUUUCAUGUUCUUAAUUUUUUCAAGAUCUUUAAAUCAAUAAGUCUGGAAUAAAUUUGUUUCAUUUCAUUACAUUACUGCACAUUUAAUGUUAACACUUCAAUAUUCAACAAUGAACAGGUUUCUUGACUAUGACUGAACUAAUACUUAUAAAUUGCAUAAUAUAAACACUGAGCAACAUCACUGCAAGAUGAGAAAACACAUUUUCAUUCAUUCUCUCUGUUUUAACAUGUCACAGGUAUGAAAGGAUGAUUGCAUAGGUGGUAACAUGUUCAGAAUGGAAUGGUAUAACACCUCAAAUAAGGUCAACUGUUUAUUAUUAAUUACUGCAAUAAUCACGAGGAACCAUAAGAGUUUCAGCAAUUGCUUAAAUGAAUGUCUUAUAUGACAAAUACACUAAGAAGCAAGAGGCUCUUUGCAUGCAACGUCCUGUCAGUCACUCAAAACACCCUCUCACCUACCUCAAAAUACACAAAUACAUACAAUCUGUCCAACUUCCUUAUUCAAUGCUGCCAAUAAAAUAGGUAUCUUUUCUCUAUCUUAUAUUAUUUACAUUUUACAAAGCUGCUUUAUUUAUAUUGUGCAAAGCAUAGAUCACCCACCCCUCCUGCACAGUUCUCACACACAUGGUGUAUAAAUGGUAUGCAAUAGAGAAGCUUUAGACCCACAGCAACCCCCCCUAGUGCAGUGUGACUGCCCUACACACCCAGGCAGUAGCUACAGUGGCUCAGUACCAUUUCCACACACGGCUGGCAGGAUCCAAACAUAGCACCCGCACAACCCACACAAGUGCCUGAGCACAGCAGGGAUGGUGAAUCAACAAAGUACAAAAACAAUUCAUUUAAAUACACAAUAAGCGCUGGAUAUAUACAUAAAAUUAACUAUAACAUAAUUAUAACAAGUAUAGACUGGUAAUUACAGAGCUAGGGCUAGAUCACAGCUAUGUACAGAGGUGAAGAAUAAAAAAUUAGUAUUCUUAUUAUAUAGCACAGCCAUAGUGACGUUUCUGAGCGCUGAGGCGCCCGCGGCCGAGGGCCACGGAGGCUCCCAGACGCCCUCGCUCCUUCCCGUUCGAGUCCCUGCCGGCCCGGACGGAGCCGCCCCCGAGGCCCGGCGGCACGGCUCCACGCUGCACGGGGCAGCGCGGCGGCGGUCGGGCCCCGGGAGGCGGGUCACGCCGUGGCGGCGACCAGCCCUGCUGCUGUGGCGGCGGCGGUGACGGCGGUGACGAGGCUGCAGGGGGUGGGGGUGGCGGCGUUAGCGACAGUGCGCGAGGACGCGCCUACACCAUGUUGGGCGCAGGCCCGCCGUUGGCCGCGGCCGGGGGCGCCACCUGCGUCGACUGUUGCUGUUGUUGCUGCGGCGCCGUUUGCUGGCUGGGUGGCGCCUGCCCUUGCGCACCUUGCCCCGACUGCGUGCCACCCUUGCUCGAGCCCAGUUGUGCCAGCGUCUCCUGCGACGCAUGCGCCUUCAGGAUCGUGUUCUCCAGUUCCAGCUGGUUGAUGCGUUCCAUCAGUUCGGCGAUGCGUUCCUUCAGUACCUCCACCUCUUCGCGUACAGCGAACAUGAGGUGGCUCUUGACCAGGUCCAUGGCCUGCUCGAUCUUGUUGUCGAUGGCCACCGCGCUCGUGCCCGACGCGCUUUCUGGUUCUUCGCUAACAGCACCAGCUGGGGCGUCUUCGCCAGCUGGCCCUGGCACUAUAUCAGAUGGCGGUUUCUCUUGAAUCCCAGAGGACACCUCUGGCAUGGGCUCCUGGGGUGCUGGGUGAAGAGUCAUGUCAACACCAGUCACUGAUCCAGAAGGGGCAGCAACAUAACCAGGUGGCAGAGGUGUUGUAGGCAUGCCAGGCAUAGAUGUAGGUGUCAUCAUUGGCUGGGGUAUACCAACAACAUUCAAUUGCUGCAUAGGUUGCUGGGGCACUUGUUGAACAGGAAUCCCCAUUGGCUGACUCUGCACAGAUUGCGAGACUGGAAGAGUGACUGGCAUAUGCUGAGGUACAGACACAGGUUGAGAAUGAGUUUGAAUUUGUGUGGGAAGCUGCACAGGUUGCGACUGAGCUUGCAUCAGUUGGGCAACUUGUAUGGGUUGAGACUGGGCUUGUAUCUGUGGUGGCACUUGCACUGGUUGGGACUGUGCCUGCAUUUGCUGUGGCACUUGCAUUGCCUGUGUCUGUGGCUGCAUUUGCACUUGCACAGGUUGAGCCUGUACAUGUUGGGUAACUUGCACAGACUGAGGCUGCAUUUGCUGUGGCACUUGAACAGGCUGUGACUGACCCUGCAUCGACUGGGAAACUUGUACAGGUUGUGACUGUGCCUGAAUUUGAGGCACCUGUACGGGCUGAGAUUGUGCUUGCAUUUGUGGGGGAACUUGAACCGGUUGUGACUGAUUCUGCAACUGUUGUGGUGGCACUUGCAUUUGUUGAGGCUGAGUCGACAUAGGCUGAGACUGAGCUUGCAUCUGUUGCGGUUGACUCUGCAUUUGUUGCGGCUGAGACUGCAUUUGUUGCGACUGCGCAGAAAUUUGUUGUGACUGGUUCUGGAUUGUUUGGGAUUGAUUUGGUAUUGAUUGUUGGACUUGUAUGGGUUGCGACUGGGCUUGCAUUUGCGAAACCUGCAUCGGUUGAGUUUGGCCCUGCAUCUGCGGAACUUGAACAUUCUGCAUAGACUGUGGAAGUUGAACUGGUUGAGACUGCGCUUGCAUGUGCUGCGACACUUGCACAGGUUGUGACUGUCCAGCCAUAUGCAUUUGUGCCGGAACCUGCAUCGGCUGAGAUGUCUGCCCAGGCACUGACUGAGGAGGAACUUGCAUUGGCUGCGACACUUGAACAGGCUGUGUUUGUGCUUGUAGAGACUGAGACACUUGCACCUGAAUCGGCUGUGGUUGCAUAGGCUGAGAAACUUGAACCUGAAUAGGUUGAGUUGGUAUUUGUUGAGACACUUGGAUUGGUUGUGUCAUUUGCACUUGUUGCGGAGCAUUUUGCAUGCCUGGCGAAGGUUGUGCAAGUUGUGUCUGAGGUUGCUGAAGAUGCUGCGAGGCUUGCUGGAACUGCUGCGAUUGGAACUGAGAAGCUUGUGAAAUCAAGUGCUGUUGAGAAGUUGUCAUUGACACAGUGCCUUGCAUUGGCACAGGUUGUGCGGCGGAAGUCACCAAUGGCUGGCUCUGGACCGGCAUGGAAGAAGCCUGGGAAGCAAGAUGCGGAGUAGAAGGGUAAUAACCUGACUGUUGAUAGCCCUGGAGCAAAGUUUGCAUCUGCUGAGGAGGCAAACUUUGCCCCAUUGUGGGAGGUUGUUGCACCAUUCCUACCAUAGGUACUUGACUCAUACUCUGUGGAUGUGGAGGUAGUUCACUACCCAUAGGCAGUGGCUGAUGCAUCACUCCCAUUGGCAUUUGCUGUAAAGUUUGACCUGGUGAGACUGACAUAGUAUAUCCAGUUGGUACAUUCUGGGCAGCUAAGCUAGUAACAACCUGGGCCAUUGGCUGUGGCUGAGAAGUAACAUGCUCUGUACCAAGAGGCAUUGGUUGAUGAUCAGGUAUAUGAUCCAUACCUAAACCAUCCAUCAACACAACACCACUGUCAGGACCUACAUACUGUACAGAGCCAGUAUGGGCAUCUGACUGUUCAGAACCUUUCACUAUAAUUGCCUGCUGAGACUGUUGUUGCAUCAUAGAAUGAUCCAAAUAGUCCAUACACAUCCACCUACCUCGCUUAAAUGGUUCAGUACUUUCAAUCUUGACUACUUUAAAGCGCUCAUUACGAGCAGUAUGGGUAUGUACGUCCCUCAUGUCUGUUUCACUUGGUUUGACACUAUUCACAAUAUUAAUAACAUUACCAGAAUCACUUGCACUAGUUGUAUUAACUUCUAUACUGUUGGUUACAUUAUUUGCACACGUAACUGCAGGAUUUUGAGCGUUGCUACCUCCUUCGGGUCCAACAAUUGCUAGUCCGUACUGAGAACUUGUAGGAAUUACUGGUGCUGUUCCUAGAGAAGUAUUGGAAGCAUUAAAAAACACCUCUUCUUUGGAAAAAGUAUCUUCAGAGUAACUAGGAGUCUCAUUUUCUAUGUCAGUUAUCCUUGAGUUGUCUAUCACAUCAGAAAUAUCGUCCGUGUGGGAUUCAUCUAAAUCGUCGGCAGAAUCGUCACCACCGUCAUUACUAACUCGAGGACCAACAGUAACACUAGUGAUCUGAAAUGCAGGCGUCUUCUUUCUUUCCUUGGAUGUUGAAGUACAAAGUGUCGUAGGAUGGUUCACACUUUUCUCGGGUUCACCAAGACGCAUCGUCUCACUCGUAGUGCGGUUAACAGCGUUAGUAAUCUUCGUUUUCUCUGUUGAUUUAGGUGAUUUCACGUUCAAAUUAUCAGCCAUGUUCCGCUGUCGAAAAAUAGGGUAUGUAUUGAAUGUAAGCGUAUUCGAGGAGAUAAAAACCUCCUCCUAGCGUCACCUACCCGGGUAAAUAACAAGACACACAUAAUCCAUGACACUUCAAAAACAGCUGGGAUAAUCACACACACGCGAAACGCGUGAAAGGCCACGGAAGAAAGAAUUAUCGAUAACAUACAAUUAUUUACACUACGACACCCGAACGAACCACUGCAAUAUGGCGACUGCCAGUUCGUUCGACUGCAA